AGUGAAAAAGGCGUGGUUUGUUGAAGCUCUUCAGUGUUGUCACAGAGAGGAAGACAAAGAACCCAAAUUAGCGUAGUUGGAAUUUGGAACUGAAGUCCCGAGCUAAAAGUUGCACCGCUCUUCUUCCCAAUGCAGACACUUCUGCUACCUUCAGCUUCUUCCAAUGGAGUGGCGGCAACGGCGGUGGCAUCCUUAAAUUGCUCUCAUCUCCCUCGCCUCCCCCAUGGAACCCUCUUUUCCUCCAACCUCAUCCACAACCACAAUCUCGCUCUUCCCUUCUCCCCUUCCAAGUUUUCAGUCUCCUUAUCUUCUCUUCCUCUCCUGGAGUCGCGUAUCGCCUCUGCUUCCUUCUAUGUCUCCUGCAAUAGAAGAGGAACUGCCGCCUCUGUCAACGCCUCCGCUCCCGUUUCCUCAUACUCCUCCUACCCUUCCCCCGCGAAUGAAUCUGAAAUGUCUAAACUCGCUCAGGUUGCCAAGAGACUAGAGAAAACUUCAAGAUAUUUCAAGCGGUUGGGUAGUUUGGGGUUUUGGGGACAGCUAGUGUCUACUGUAGUUGCCGCCGUAAUUCUAUCAUUCUCCGUUGUGGCUACUGGGAAAAUCUCAUCGCCACCGACAUUCUAUGCUACUGCUGGGGGGAUUGCAGCCGCCUUCAUUUCCGUCUUUUGGUCCUUCGGUUAUAUCCGUCUUUCAGAUAGGCUUCGAAAAACUGCCAACGAUCCUUCAAAGGCCUCAGCCAAUACCAUUCUUUCUCAUUUCUUGGGUCUCGUUUGCUCGUUGGAGCUGCUACGGUCAGUGACUACAGAAGCCGUUCUAAUUCCCAGAAUUGCCUAAGCUUCUUCAAAUUUUCCGGUGAAGGAAAAUCAGUUCUAGAUGUCCUCUGUAAAGGAAAUACGUUUGUGGGAGUUCUAUCUCAUGACGAAUGCUGAAGUGUUCGUCUCGGAUUCAAAUAAACUUUUGUUUGUUUUUAUUUUAUUUUUUUCAAUUCAAGAUUUUCUUCAUUUCCUUUC